AUGGAAGAAGAGUGGCAGUGCGAUAGUUCAAGGCCACCUCUAAAUAAAAAAGGGCUGGUCGAACACACGAGACAGAGAUAUAUGAAGACUGUGGCUCCAUAUUGGGUUGACAGAAAAGCAAAAUCCUCUUCCUCACGUGAUGUGGACCAAGAGAGAUUCAAGUGUGAGUGCCAUUACUGCCAGCGGUAUACGGGGAGCACUUCUGGGAGCUCAACGUGGAAGAAAGCAAGCCCUCACUCUUCCUCCUGGGAUAAGCUGACCCAAGAACUCAGUAACUUGACACUCAGCAGUGGUGCCAUCCAGCCCCCUCUUCUACAGGAGAGGGUACAGAUAAGAGAGAAGAGCCAAAGAAAGCGGCUGCAGAAAAGCAACAAGACACUUUGA